GAGUCCCAACCGUAGAAAAACAAAGCCCCGGAUAGCAACGAAACUCAUAUUUUACAUCUAACUGCGCAGGGAAAUCCGUUUUAUUGCAUCGAAAGCGACCGUAGAGGUCGAUUCUCGGUGUUUUUCGUCGCUCUUUAAGGCCUUUUGGGCGAUGUUGUUUAUCUGUAGUAAAGGGGGGCUUGAAACCGCCCUCCCUUGCCCCAUUUCCUCGGUUGUUUUCCUCCUCUCGCCUGGAUUCUCCAUGUUGUUGGUGCAAGAGUACGGACUUCGCAGCGACGGGGUAGAGGGGGCUGCUCGGUGAUAUUACCCGUAAUAGUAAUGGUAAACCCGAGACGACGGAGCUGACAGAGUCUCAAAUAGCCUCCAAAAAAACAUAUCCAAGUGCCUUGCCCCCUCCCCGGGCGACGGACCUCCGAGAGAGAAGGAGAAGAAGAAGCGGCGGGGGAAUAAAGAAACACAGGAACAAGAUAAAUCCUGCUCUCAUCGAGGAUUGUUACUGAGGCGAAGGACAAGUUACCUCGGUGAAUAAUUUAGUCAACUUGUCAAUAAAAGCCAAUGAGGGAUGCCCAUCAGUGUUCGGGGACAGGAUUUGAGGAUUUUGAGGGCUCCGUGAUUGUCAGAUGGAAAGUUCUGUUAUCACCCAAGUGCAGAAAGAAGACGUUCAAGUGUCACCGAAAACAGGCCAGGUGAGCCGGUCUUCCCUGAAACAGCCUCGGAGUUGUAACAUCUUCAAAGCACUCUUCUGUUGCAUCCAAGCUCAGGAUGACUCCAAACCCCCAACACCACCACCUUCCCAUCAGGCCCUGCUGGAGUCACAGGAAAAUGGGAUGGUUGUCAAGCAAUCCGAAUUUAGCCUCCUGCCUGAGGUGGAGGCCCAGGACCAAGGGAAGCUAUGUGUGGUCAUAGACCUGGAUGAGACCCUGGUGCACAGCUCAUUCAAGCCUAUUAGUAAUGCAGACUUCAUCGUUCCUGUGGAGAUAGAGGGGACCACACACCAGGUGUAUGUUCUGAAGAGGCCGUACGUGGAUGAGUUCCUGCAGAGAAUGGGAGAGUUGUUUGAAUGUGUGCUCUUUACAGCCAGUCUCGCAAAGUAUGCUGACCCAGUGACGGACCUGCUGGAUCAGUGUGGCGUAUUUCGGACCCGGUUGUUCCGGGAAUCUUGCGUAUUCCACCAGGGCUGCUAUGUCAAAGAUUUGAGCCGCCUGGGCAGAGACCUCCACAAAACCCUCAUCCUGGAUAACUCGCCUGCCUCCUACAUCUUCCACCCUAAUAAUGCUGUUCCUGUGGUGUCAUGGUUCGAUGACGUGGACGACGCUGAGCUGCUCAACCUUCUGCCUGUGUUCGAGGAACUUAGUCAAGCUGAUAAUGUUUACACCCAGCUGGACCAGCUGCGUGGACAUUAAGCUCUCAGUGGACCCUCUCAGCUCCCUGCUAAGACCUCCAGCUCCAAACCUCUUCGACUACAAUAGAACCGUGUAUCGACAAUAGAUAAUAGUUUUCAGACGUUGUUCUCCUCUGCACAAAAUCUUCUGUUUAGAACAUUGUAUUAGUGGGUGUGGGGGGGGGGGGGGGGGGGUUAAGGAAAUUGCAAGCUUGGAAAACACAAUGUGUUUGGCUCAACUGAAACUAAAGAUUGCAAUCUGAGGCCUUUCCUCUGAACCUCAGCGCUGACUUUAUUGACAACCACUAUUUGAAAGAGCGGGAAACAAGAACCAAAGCGACCCCAUCACAAUCACUCCAGUUAGAAUAUUAAAGUGCUUCUUUUGCCAAAGCAGAAGCCCGUCUGCCCUGACUCGACUUUUGGACUUUCUUUUUUUAAUUCUUGUGCCUUUUUUAAGGAACAACAACAACAACAACAUCAGCUCUUUUUUAAAAAUUUCCACCAGAUUUUAUACAUUUGAUUUCUUUUUAUAGGUUGUUUUAUAAGGAAAUCUAUUUUUAAACCGCGAACAUGGUUCCUCUAUGCAACCCAGUAACUACAUGGACAGUACCUCCUAUGUAGCCAGUCAAUAAUUGCAUUCAGCAGAUGUAAACAUUACUGUAGCCUUAUUUACCUGUAAAUGAGCAGCAAAACAAAAGUGUAUUUUACCUAUUUGUACUAUAAACGCAAUUUCUACAAACCAUGCAAAUCUACAUCAUAACGGUCAGAAUGAUAUCUGGCACGAGUUACGUAAACGGGGAGAAAUCUUGUCUCUGAUGGUCCGUUGAAAGCAGACACACUGGAAUAUGUUGGCACAUAGGACGACCAUAAAUGCCACAGUUUUCAGUCAAGGUUUAAUAAUAAUUCAUUUGUUACUAUGUUUUUCAUUUAUUACUAUAUGACAAACAACUUGCACUUGUUUAUGUUGACAGUGCUGAAAGUAAAAAACUGUGCCUUUUAAAAAGAAUCGGACAGAGAAUUGUGUUCUGCCUGAAAAGAGAUUUGUAGGCCUUACACACUCUGAUGUGUCAUGCUGAGCGUGAGAAAACACUGUCGAGAGCAAGUGUAAUGCCAUGUGGCUGUGGUACUUGCAGUGCAACACUUGAAAAUAUCAAAUUUGAUUUUUUUUAGCAUGUGUGAGCGUUUUUUCUAUAUUUAUUGGCCAAAAAUCUGUAUUGUCCAGUACUUCUUAAUGCUUAACAUUUUGUAUUGCAAUCCAUUUGCCUACUUUGAGGCUGGCCUUGUGUUUUAACUGUUUUACCUGUGCCUAAAUAACACACGUUUUGCUGUCAAAGUUCAUAGAUAAUUCAAAACCUUAAGCAGUUAAAUCAAAUAAACUAAUACACGAAGACUCAAUCACACAAGAAAACAUUUUCUUUUUACAUUUUUAAUUCAAUACAACAUAUUUUGUGGGGUUAUGUUUCCUGGGUAAUAUGGUUUUUCUAUGAUGUUUAAUGUCUGAUGCAAUUAUUGCCUGCAUGUUAACGAGUAAAAGAUGACAAUGAAUCUGUACCAGUUGUGAUGACCAAAAGUAUUUGUUUAGACAGUCACAAUUUGUCUUUGUGUAUCAGAAUAAAUCAAACACUCAUUUUGUCUGCCUGAUCUGACCAAAACUCUAAAAGACAAGGUGCUACCAGUUUUUAUAUUAAAAUAAAAAUUGGUUAUAUUAUUCUGUCUGUAUGUUUUUCUUCAUCUCAGGGACACAAAUAAAUACUGUACACCA